AUGUCUGGGGAAAGAAUAGCGAGAAACGCCAAUAAGGCAUUUUCAUCUUUAAAGGUUUUAACCAAUAAACAAAGGUCAGAGGCACUAAAACAGAUCCAUGACUCACUCAAACUGCAAAAAGAGUCUAUUCUCAAAGCUAAUCAGCUUGAUCUCGAGAAUGCCAUUAAAAACCACGUUUCCGAGUCCCUCAUUAAAAGGUUGGACUUGUCAAAUCCCGGAAAGUUUGAUACAAUGCUAGAAGGUAUAUUGGAUGUAGCAGAUUUGCCAGACCCGCUUGGGAAAGUGACAUUGGCCAAAAAAUUGGAUGAUGAGUUGGAUUUAUACAGGAUAACAUCACCAAUUGGGGUAUUAUUGAUCAUUUUCGAAAGUAGACCCGAAGUGAUUGCAAAUAUUACAGCAUUGGCUAUCAAAUCAGGAAACUCGGCUAUUUUGAAAGGAGGUAAAGAGUCUUAUCAGACAUUCAAGAUUAUGAGCGAUAUUGUUAAUGCCACAUUGGCAACCAAAACAGACGUUCCUAGUGAUGCUGUUCAACUUAUCCAGAGCCGAGAAGACGUGUCGGAUUUGUUGGAUCAAGAUAAGUACAUAGAUCUUGUGAUUCCAAGGGGAUCAAACGAACUUGUGCGCAGUAUCAAGGCAAAUACCAAAAUACCUGUUUUGGGACACGCAGAUGGAAUUUGUUCCAUUUAUGUUGACUCCAAUUUUGAUAUCGGGAAAGCCAAGAGGAUAAUUGUGGAUUCCAAGACCAAUUAUCCAGCAGGGUGCAACGCCGUGGAGCAGUUGUUGAUCAAUAAACACAUUUGUUUAAAAGAUGUCGAGGAACUCUUGAACGCGUUGAUUGAGAAUAAAGUAACUAUUCACAUUACACCAGAGUUGAAGAAGUUUUUGGGAAACUGCAACAAUAAUAAUAACAACAAUAAUAUCGACGAGCAAUAUGUGAAGGAAACCGAAGCGGACUCGUUCGACAAGGAGUACCUUUCGCUUGAUAUAUCAGUGGGAUUGGUAGAUGAUGUACAAGAAGCCAUAGAUCAUAUAAACCAUCACUCCUCGAAACACACCGAGUGCAUUAUCACCGAAAACGAAGAUGUAGCUAAUCGGUUUUUAAAAAGUGUGGAUUCAGCAGGAGUCUACUGGAAUGCGUCAACGAGAUUUGCAGAUGGGUUUAGAUACGGUUUUGGAACAGAGGUGGGAAUCAGCACCAAUAAGAUCCACGCAAGAGGUCCUGUUGGUUUAGAGGGCUUGACUAGUUAUCAGUAUCAACUCAAAGGAAACGGUCACGUGGUAGGCGAGUAUAAAGGCGGAGGUGGUAAUAAAUCAUUUCUUCAUAAAGACAUUAUUUAG